AUGGACAUAGGUAUAUCGAAGGGAUUUGACACCAGUCUUGUUCGUCUACGUUCUUCACCUUCGUAUGGUUUCUUGCCUCUGAGGCAAAACGUAACCCUAAAUUCCCGAAUCUUCUACACAAGAGCUUCCUCUUAUGGUGCCCAUCUCGUGGCUUCGGCUAUCCGGGUCCGGUCAAGCCCGGUUAAGAGUCCUCUCUUCAAUCAGCUAACCGGAUCACUCAAAUUUGGUGCGGAUUUCUUAUCCAAGGCAGCUGGAUCGUCGGCGAUUGUGUCAACUAACCCUAACGUCGAAUAUUGUCCAACGGUUAUAGCAUUGCCAUUGCCACAAAAGCCUCUUCUUCCUGGUUUUUGCAUGUCAAUAUGUGUCAAGGAUCCUAUUGUACUUGCAGCAUUAGAAGAGAGCAAGAAAAGUAAAGCUCCAUAUGCAGGGACUUUCCUUUUGAAGGAUGACGCUUCAACUCGUUCAUCUUCUACCUCUAAAACAGAGAAUAUUGUAGAGAAGUGGAAAGGCCAAGGAAGAUCAAGAAAGCACAGUUGCUUAAGCUUAUUCACGAAGUUGGCACACUUGCUCAGUAUCCAAGGUAAUAACGUCAUCCUUAUCGGUCGAAGACGACUUCGAAUAACGGAGCUGGUGAGUGAAGAACCUCUAACCGUGAGAAUUGACCAUCUAAAGGAUAAGCCAUAUGACAAGGACGAUGAUGUUAUCAAGGCAAAAUCCAAAGAAGUUGAGUUAACGCUUAAGUAUUUCUUAAAUACAAAAUUACGCAGGAGAGUUCAAGUUGAGAUAUAUACCCAGGCAUGUUCUCUUCAUAUAUUGGCACUACUUGCGAUUGCAAAAUAUGUCAGAAUAUAUCAGCCGAUUUUGGAACCGGAAUCUCUGGCGCUAGAAAAGAUCAAAUUCAGGAUGUUCUUGAAAGAAGGGAUUGUCCCAACGCAGGAGAGCAAUGACGAAUCUUCACAUUCUGAAAAGUUUUGGGAAAGGAUUGAGCCUAAUAAAGACAAAAUUCCAAAACAUGUGUUAAAAGUUAUUGAAGAAGAGCUUAAAAACCUGGAGCUGUUAGAUACCGAGUGGAACAAUUACAGCGUGGCUUAUAACUACCUUGAUUGGUUGACCGUGUUGCCUUGGGGAAAUGUUAGGUUUGCCAUUUGCUUCAUGUUCAUGUCUUGA